AAUUUUUCUACCAAGCACUCUCUAAUCCACCGAAUCCAUGCCCAAUCAAAUCAAUGCCCUGAAACAUAGGGUGAAUUUUCCAUUUAAUUAUCUGCCAAGCCAAACAGCACUCUGCCAUCCUAUCCUUCCAGCAUACAAAUCACAAUCAUUUUCUUCUUAUUUCACCCUUAGCUUGCUUCCAAGUUUUUGAUCGCAGAGUGAGUGAAAUGGCUCAAGAAGAAGUGAUAUUGUUGGAUUUCUGGCCGAGCAUGUUUGGGAUGAGGGUAAGGAUUGCUCUGGCUGAGAAGGAGAUUAAGUAUGACUACAGAGAAGAGGAUCUCAGAAACAAGAGCGACCUGCUUCUCAAGAUGAACCCGGUUCACAAGAAGAUCCCGGUUCUCAUCCACAACGGCAAGCCAGUCUGCGAGUCAAACAUCGCAGUGGAGUAUAUUGAUGAAGUUUGGAAGGACAAAGCCCCUCUGCUCCCCUCUGAUCCUUAUCAGAAAUCCCAGGCCAAGUUCUGGGCCGACUACGUUGACAAGAAGGUUCAUGAUCCUGGUAUGAAAUCAUGGACUUCAAAGGGAGAAGAGCAAGAGGCAGCAAAGAAGGAGUUUAUAGAAGUUCUAAAGGUGCUGGACGGAGAACUGGGAGAGAAGCCAUACUUUGGGGGUGAGAAGUUUGGGUUUGUGGAUGUUUCCCUCAUUGGAUUCUACAGCUGGUUUUAUGUUUAUGAGACUUUUGGCCAUUUCAACAUAGAAGCUGAGUGCCCUAAACUGAUUGGUUGGGCUAAGAGGUGCAUGGAGAGGGAGAGUGUGUCCAAGUCUCUUCCUGACCCUCACAAGGUCUAUGAGUUUGCCCUAAUGCUGAAGGAAAAAUGGGCAUUGCCUAAACAGUAAACACCACUCAUUAUAGAUGCAUAGUAUAUGCUCAAUUUGCUUGAGUGUCUGAAUAAUGUAUGUAUGGCAAUAAUGUUACUUUCAUCUAUGGUCUAAUCAAGUUUGUGUUACAAACAUGUUUUCAUUAUUUCUGUAAGUAUUUCCUACGUAUUGCAUUUUGAUUCUCUAUCAUUUCCACAUGUAUCACAAUUUUCUAAUUUUCUAUGUCCCUUUUUAACUGUCA